CACAGACAAGCCAAGAUGAAAGCAGGGAGACUGGGAAACCCCAUGUGCAGCCAACUGAGCUAAAUCUGAAGAAAAUCCAUGAGUUACUCAGACACGAGGCUGCUGAGACUAGAAGCCUUGACCAGGGAGAGAAACUGUGCCAGAUGACUGUCUUAAAGGAGUUAGGGGCAGCUUCUCUGGUUGCUAAGCUAAAGUGGCCUGCCUCUUUUCCUCUCCCUCCACCCUCUGGCUUCCUCAUUGGCCAUCUGACCUGUAGUCACAGAAGCCGUGAGUACGCAGAGGCACAAGGUGGAAAACUGCCACAUCCCUGACCCCUCAGGCUCUCUCCAGCAGAACAUCAGGCAAGAGAAGAGGGUCCAAACCAGUACAGUGGCAAUCAGAAGCUGAAGUCCUGGGACUGAAGUUCUGAGGGCGUGACUUCCUCCGGAAACCGACUGUAGCUCAUCUUUACUCUAAAAUGCAAACCUCAAGCUGAAAUUUUACACCCUUUCCUGUUGUCUGAGCUUGACUUUGCUCUCUCUCCCACACCCCUGCACACCUCAUGCUCACUAAGUAACUCAGUGAGUGACUGGGCCCUCUACUGUCUCAGUGGUGAUCAAAUAUUCCUGGGAGUGGUUUGAGUUUAAGACUCAGCUCUUUCAAGGGACUGAACUAUCUCCGUAUAAUCGAGUCAUGGUAACAGAACUGAGCAAAGAUCUCUCACCUCUAAGCUUCAACUACAGACGGAGGCUACUGCAGGGUUAUAUUAGGCAGUAGGACAGCAGACACUCAUCCCCAAAUAUCGGUCUGACUCUAGGAAUACAAAAGCAAAACAUAAAGAAGAGCUUUGUCCAGAGUCAAAGAAAAGAUUCCCCUUUUUGGAACUGACCUGGCAGAAAUAAAGAUAUUCUAAAGAGACACCUGUGCCUUUCAAUCUGACUAUUAGGCUAUUGAAACAAAGAACCCCAAAGAAAUGGGAAUUUCCCCAGGAAUCACAUUCUGGGAGAAGGAAAAGACACCAGUCAGAGUGGGAGUUUGUCUCCUGAAAUGAGAUUUCACAGAACUCUAACAAACCUAAGGAAUGACUGGUCACUGGUGGCCAGGGCCAUAGUUUUACCUAGACUGCUUAUCCUUGGCUCCCUCAAUGUCAAUCUCACUUCAGAAACACCAACUGACUUGUGCAGUUCCCUGGGUAUCUUCUUCCCUUUCCCGAUGUGUCCACACUAAAUAAAUCUUUUUCUACUUUUCAUUACUGAUUUGGCUCUUUUGAUCGUCUUCUUGAGGACUGGUGGACAAAGCCAGCUUAGGGUACUGGCUUUCAUCAGUUCUCAAACCUGGCCCAAAUGGCUAACUGAGGUGCCUGUUUAAGAUAAGCGGACCUGGCCUCCAGGUUCUCCCAGCAUCCCUUAGUCCCCACCUGUUACAGGGUGUGACUGGAAUUUCACACCCCCUAAACUUCUCCAGCCCAGGGGCUGGGCUGCCCUUCCCCAGCUACCCUUCCCUGUAUAAUCCAACCAUUUUUGCUACCCAGCCUUUGCCCCUUUAUCUACCCUUCACCCUUCACCCUUCACCUCCCCUCACAAGGCCAGGCUCAGGGUCCUAUUCACUCUGGACUCUCCCACAUGUCUCUGCCUCUGGCUAUGUGCUUUCUUUUAUCUAUAAUAAAAAUUUUCUCUAUAUUUUGGGAAUAGUCAUGUCCUCCUCCUUUUUAUUUCUUUUAUCAUUCAGCUUUGACCCCCAGGUUUGAUAACAUCCUCACCCUUUAUUUUUCUAGAGCAUUUACUUUCAAAAAAUGAGUUCUCCAAGCCUCUAUAAAUCUCAUUUUAAAAACUGAAUAAGUUCCCUAUGAACCUGAGCCGUAAGAGCCAGGAAGAAGAGGAUGCAGAUGAGAUUCUUUGGGUCUGAAGUCACUGGCUCCUAGCUUUUCCCAGAAAGCCCUGUUUCAUUCCUCAGGACAGAGCUCUGAUUAGCCAAACAGACUCCAGGAUAGAAGACCCUGGGCCCUUCUCAGUUUACUGAGCUGUCUAUCCUAGCUCCCUACAGACCUCUCUCUUCAGUCUAAUCCUCUAAUGAGAUUGGGAUCUGAAUGUCUCCUACACUCCUGUUAUCUCCCUGGCUAACCUUCCUGCCUCUCAAGGUCAGUCCCUCCAGGGAUCUGCCUUGUCUUCUCUUAUCUUGCCCAGCUUGCACUACUGAGCCAGGUUAAGCCUCUUGUUUCCAGAUCAGAUGGCUAGCUAGCUCCUCCUGGCCUCUGCAGCACCAGUGUUGGGGGUCAGGGUUGCCUCCUAGGGACUUUUCUCCACCACAACCCGCAACUACAUUCUAAUCACUACUCAAGUACACACAACAAACAGUAGCUAACAGCUUUAGCAAUUUUGAGCUCAAUGGGUAAUUCAAAGACUUUUCAUGAACAUAGUAAGAAUAGACACAGCUCAGAGAACGUCUUCUUGCCUUUCUUUGGACUGGACUUCUGUGUGUAGGUGUGUUGUCCAGCAUAUUUCGGAGGGAGUGUUAAGGGCACAUGUCUUCUCUGCUGUCUAGUGAAGGUCAGGCAAUAGCGGUCUGGGGGAAGGAUUUCUCUCCCCACAUCAGCUAUGCCAGACACCAGGAGACGGUAGGUCUUGCACAGUGCGGAUUUCUGUUCUUACUGAGAAGCAACGAGUGAGCAAAUGACAUUAAUCCCCUCCACCAUGACACAGGGUCAUGGUAAAACACUCAGAGGCUUGUUGUCCUAGGAGUGUCCAUGGCUUGAGGAAACAGCUUUCCUCUCAGGCUAAGACCUCCCUCAUGCACUGUACAACUUCCCCCAUUCUACAUGUGGACACGGUGGACAAAGGCCAUAAAACUGGAGAAGGGGAGGCUGCAGUCCAGGAGAAUAUUAUUUACUAAGGUUAUUAGUGGGGUAGAUGUGGAGGAAUGGGGUGGGGCUGAGAACCUCCUUGACGCUACAGGUUCUCACUGAGCAUGACCCUGCCAAGGAGUAGGUAUGGAAGACUGCAUGACUCUCUUGAUAAUUCCAUUAGGUCCCUGACUUAAGGUGAGACAAUCCCACUCUGUAUCCUCCCUGGAUACUUCUGACUCAAGUUAUGUAAGUGGCACCACUCUGUACACAGUAGAUAAUCAGAUCAGAAGAGGCCUAUUCUUUCCCUCCUCCGUGGCACUGUGCCAGACACAAGUAGAGAUACAUAUAAGUCCAGAGCUCUUUAGUGUCAUUCUGCAGGGAAGAUGCUCCGGGCCCUGGCAGCCAUGGCCUGUGUUCUCCUCUUCAGGCUUUUCUUACUUUUGGUCCUGGUAGCCUUUUCCCAAGGCAAGCGCCUGGGCCCUACAUCUCCCCUCCGUUAUUCCAGGUUUCUGGAUCCUUCCCAUUCUGUUUUUCUGCACUGGGACUUUGAUUAUGAGACUGAGAUCAUCACAUUUGAGCUCCAAGUUCAAACAACUGGCUGGGUUGGCCUGGGCAUCACAAAUCGCUACACCUUUGUAGGAAGUGAUCUGGUAGUCGGAGGAGUCCUUCCUGAUGGCAAUGUCUACUUCUCGGAUCAGCACCUUCUGGAUGAAGAUACUCUAGAACAGGAUGGGAGCCAGGAUGCUGAACUACUAAAGCUCACAGAAGAUUCUGUCUCUACUACCAUGCGCUUUUCCAGGCCCUUCAGAUCCUGUGACCCACACGACCAUGACAUUACGAGUGACACCAUGAGGGUCCUGGCUGCCUAUGGCCUAGAUGAUGUACCGAAAAUGAAUCGGGAGCGUACUUUUGUCAAGUCAAUCUUCUUGCUACAAAUGCUACAAUACGACGAUGAAGAUGCCCCUGAGGACACCAUUAUCCAUGAUUUGAAGAUCAGUAAUUUCCUCAUUCCAGAGGAUGACACCACAUAUGCCUGCACCUUCCUCCCGCUCCCUAUUGUCAGCAAGAAGCAUCACAUUUACAAGUUUGAACCCAUGCUGGUGGAACGCAACGAGACAAUGGUGCAUCACAUCCUCAUAUAUGCAUGUGGCAAUGCUAGUGUGCUCCCCACAGGCAUUGGUGAAUGCUACGGGUCAGAUCCUGCCUUCUCCCUCUGUUCCCAUGUCAUCGCAGGAUGGGCUGUUGGGGGCCUUAGUUAUCAGUUUCCAGAUGAUGUAGGCAUCUCUAUUGGAACCCCCUUGGACCCCCAGUGGAUUCGACUGGAGGUUCACUACAGCAAUUUUCAGAACCUUCCUGGUAUAUAUGAUACCUCAGGGAUGCGGUUGUACUACACCUCACACCUUCGCAAAUACGACAUGGGAGUCCUCCAGCUGGGCAUCUCGGUUUUCCCUAUUCACUUUAUACCUCCGGGUGCUGAGGCUUUCUUGUCCUAUGGGCUAUGCAAAACAGAGAAGUUUGAAGAGAUGAAUGGGGCCCCAGUAUCUGACAUAUACGUAUAUGGCUACCUGAUCCAUACCCACUUAGCUGGGCGCUCCCUGCAAGCUGUGCAAUACAGAAAUGGAACCCAACUCCAAAUAAUAUGCAAAGAUUACUCUUAUGACUUCAAUCUGCAAGAGACUCGAGACUUACCUCAUCCUGCAGUGAUCAAGCCGGGGGAUGAGCUGCUGAUAGAAUGUAACUACCAGACGCUGGAUCGUGACUCCAUGACUUUUGGAGGUGCCAGCACCAUUAAUGAGAUGUGCCUCGUCUUCCUCUUCUACUAUCCCAGAAUUAACAUCUCUAGUUGCCUGGGUUACCCCGACAUUAUCUAUGUGACCAAUGAAUUGGGGGAAGAAGCAUCAGAGAAUCCUAUGGAGAACCUGAUGGUCCUGAAUAAUGUUGAAUGGACUCCAGAGAACAUUAAGAAAGCUGAGAAAGCUUGCAAGGAGUCCCAGCAGACAGUGUUGAUCAAGACCAUUGAUGAGGAAGUAGAAAAUACAACAGGUUGGAUUCCUGAUAUUAUCCCAACUCCUCGAGGGCCGUGCUUAGAGUCCUCUGGAGGUAAAGUGGAACCUCAGGACAAGACCUCUGCAGGCUUCAGGGCUGCGCCAAUGGCCCUCUCUGGCUCCAGUACUGCUAACCUGAGGCACCUGCCCCUGGUUGCUAUCCUGUUCCUGCAGGGUACACUCUCAUGGCUCCUUGCCAUGCUGCAGACUGGGGUAUGAUUCUGUCUCCUCAUGCCACCUACUCCCUUAUCAUGAACUAUAGAAACAACCCCUGAUAUGACCCUUCUAAAUGACCUCUGUCUGUGCCACUUCCCAUAAACCAAACCAUGUCACUGAAGGCUCUCAGGUUUUGUCCACAAUCGCUGUUCAAGUUAUUCUUAAAGCUUCAGAACCAUUGAUAUGAUCACAUGUUUUCUAAGGAAGUCUGCUUCCAAGUCUGAGUGUUAGAUGAUGGAUUCACUCUCUAAGAAUUCUAGUGUCCUGCUUUCUCUCAAAUUGAUGCUCUGAUUAGGAUGGGACUUGAGUGCACAGGGAGAGCAUUGUAAAUCCCUUGGCAUGUGCAUGGCCAUGGAAAAAGCUGUUACUUCUCUUUUCUAAUGGUAUUUUGUAACCAGUUCAUUCUGAGGCAAUGUGAGUAUGCUAUAAGUAUACUCAAGGGUAAAGAGCAAUUUUUCAUAAAGGAAGGGCUUCUGUGUACAUAGGGAGAAAAUUUUGAAGUAUCACAUUAAAGAGAACUCAACUUGCUUCCUUUGGCAGUCUCUUUCAUUUGUGUCUUUGGCCCAUGAGAAGCAGCUUGGAAGCCUCUUGAAUUGCCAGGUUAAAGUACCUGGAGGCUUUGGUUGCCCCUAAUACAACUUUUUUAUUGUUUAUCCAUCCAUAUGUUAUAUUGUC